CCUCUUUAUGUUGUUGUUUGUUUGCUUGCACAAAACAUCAAAUCGCAACCCGUCGGGGGACAUCAACGUGCCUCGGGCGUUCGAUUAUCGGCCACCGCCGCCUGCGCAAUUCGCGACGGGAAUCGAUCGUGGGCGAUGCGCGCAACUUCCGAGUUUUGCCGCCCCGUUCCAAAAGACUUUGGUGGUGGUGGUUGUUGUUGUUGGUUGUUGUUGAUGGUUGUUGUUGUUGGUUGUUGGUGGUGCUGAGGGAAGCUCGGCCUCUCUGGCUGCUUUCUCAAUCGCGAAAACAAACCUAGGGGGGAAGGGGGGGGGGUAAAAAAAUAAUCGGGGUCGCCGUUCAGCCGUCAGCUCGCCACACUUUGAGCGGCGUUAAACAAAAAAAAACUCUCUCGGGGUCCCUCGUCGUGGGCCGCGGGUUGGUCGGGGCCCCUUGACCGCCGACUGAAAUCCAUCGUUGCGUCGUCGUUGUUUUUGUUGUUGUUUUUGUGUUUUCAUUGUCGGCAGUUCGACUUUGCGAGUCGGAUUCGCGAGCCUUUCUCGGGCCUAGGCGCUCGCGCGCGUAGCCGAGUGCCACUGGGUCGCUGCGGCUUAAAAGUUUUGACAACAUUUAAAGUCGCUCUCAGCUCGUUGUUGGGGUUUUUUUAUUUAAAUUCCUCCCACCCUCCAUCAUUCGUCUCCAAACUUUAUCCGUGCAAGUCUGCUCGUUUGCAUGUUUUUGAAAGUGGUUAUAGAGUGGAGGGUUUUGGGCUGGUGGGUGGAGAGGAGCUUCGGUUUCGAGUCGCUAGUGCGCCAAUUAUUUUAGGUUUUUUUUGGUCGCUUGUAUUAAUUUUCGAUUGUCAUAGAAGUGUAUAGAGGCUGUUUAUUUUGGUGGGGUGAGGGUGGGGGUGAGGUGGUUCGUGCGCCAGAAUCGUCGCAGCCGUCCCCCUCACUCUUCGCCUCCCCUUCAUGCCACCUAGUCCGCUUCAAGAGAAGGAGGAAUCUGCGAUGUUCGCCCCCACGGUGGGAGGCUGAGUGCAUAUUCAAUGACGCACACGUGACAUACCUGGGAUUGCAAGAGGGGGAGCUUGGAAGCUCUUAAAGAUGGACAAACAGCAGGCGCUCAACUCCAUCAUGCAGGACCUGGUGGCUCUGCAGCUCUCCAACCGUGUCCGUUCGUCCACGCUGCCUGAGGACGACCGAGCCAAGGCCGCCGCCGACGUCGCGUUUUCUCGAGCAAAGUCUGAUAUUCGAGUGAAGUUUGAAUAUAAUGGGGAAAAGAGGAUCCUACAGUUCCUGAGACCGCUAUCUUUGGAGGAUGUCCUGCACAAGGCCAAGGUGGCGUUUGGACAGCCUAUGGAUCUGUACUACUCUGGCAAUGAGCUCAUGAUCCCGUUGAGGAGCCAGGAGGAGCUGGAUCAAGCGGUAGAGCUCAUGGACCGGAACCCUCACAUGAAGUGCCUAAGAAUUGCUCUUCACUUGCAGGUGUUGGCAACCUCACCGGCUUCGUCCCCGAACAGCUGUCGUCCCUCUCUGCGGCUGCACUCGCCCCCUUGUCCGCCUGACCCGGCCGACCCUCUCGCCCGCAAGAGGGGCACCGAGGGUCACUUCGGUGUGUACCCACCAGAGCGGAGUUCCCCGCCGCCCGGGUACAUCCCAGCUGGACAGCGGCAAGCGGCGCGGCACGGGUCCUACACGAGCAUCCACAGCGAGGGGGAGUUCAUCCCUGACGACACAUGCGUGGAAAUUGAUCCACUUUCACCAAGCAGCCCUGAGAACUCCACCUUUGGAAGCUGCCACUCCCUGGACAGCCCUUUGGCAGGUGAUUCUCACCACAAAGGCUGGAUCCCUCGUACCAAGAGCUACCCUGACAACCACCAAGAAUUCUCAGAAUAUGAACUCCCGUACUUUGAACGAGUGGGAAAAGGGGGGACCUACCCAAGGCGAGUCAACUCCACAUUCCAGCGUCACGACUGCAAUGAAGGCCGCAAGACAUUCCCACGAGUGCGCUGCCCCCAGAACAGCUGGCUGCUCUCGCCGUUCGGCUGCAGCCCCACGGACGUCUCGCUGAGCACGAGCAGCGGCAGCAGCGGCAUCUUCACUCCCGAGCCAGAUGAGGGACGGGCGCGGCGACUCGCCGGAGGCGUAGGGGGGGAGCUAGCGGAGAACGCCGACGUCAGCCCACCCUCUCGAUCGCCCCGUGCCCCCACUAACUGGCAGCGGGGCAAGCUGCUGGGGCAGGGCGCGUUCGGGCGCGUGUAUCUGUGCUACGACGCGGACACCGGGCGCGAGCUCGCCGUCAAGCAGGUGCAGUUCGACCCCGGCAGCGUGGAGACCAGCAAGGAGGUGAAUGCGCUGGAGUGCGAGAUCCAGCUGCUAAAGAACUUGCAGCACGAGCGUAUCGUUCAGUACUUUGGCUGCCUCCGUGACCCCCAGCAAAAGACGCUGUCCAUCUUCAUGGAGUACAUGCCUGGGGGUUCCAUCAAGGACCAGCUGCGUGCGUACGGGGCACUGACGGAGAACGUGACGCGCAAGUACACGCGGCAGAUCCUGGAGGGUGUCUCUUUCUUGCACGGCAACAUGAUUGUUCAUCGUGACAUUAAGGGUGCCAACAUCCUGCGCGACUCUACGGGCAACGUGAAGCUGGGAGACUUCGGCGCGAGCAAGCGACUGCAGACGAUCUGCUCGCAGGGCACGGCAAUGCGCUCAGUCACGGGGACGCCCUACUGGAUGAGCCCUGAGGUCAUCAAUGGCGAGGGCUACGGCCGCAAGGCAGACAUCUGGAGCGUAGGCUGUACCGUGGUGGAGAUGCUGACGGAGAAGCCACCGUGGGCAGAGUUCGAGGCCAUGGCUGCCAUAUUCAAGAUCGCCACUCAGCCCACAGACCCUCGGCUGCCCCUGCACGCAUCGGAGCAUGCGCGUGAUCUUCUUCGCCGCAUCUUCGUCGAGGCCAAACUUCGUCCGUCAGCAGAGGAUCUUUUGCGACAUCCAUUCGUCCACGUCCACUAAGCGGGGUGGUGGUUAAGCUGUGUGACGACGGGCGCUGGGACAGUAGCAGCAGCAGGCAUUGCCGGUUCAUCGAGUCCUCAAAAUGACUUCAGCCUGAAAGGAACUCGCCUACGGUGUCAACAUGUGCACCCACAACCAUAUUGAACAUCAUCAUCAGCUCUUCAAGGGGCUGCUUGGGCUGAAAAAUCCAGCUGACUUGUUAAUUGGAUUCUUUUUUGACUCAUCCCGGAAAGACGUUUUUUUUAAAAAAUGCGCUACGAUCCUCUUUGUAAGCCAAGGUCUACAUUGCAAGCGUAAAUUUAAGCUGAGUUUUCCUUCAAUGGAAGUAAUCAUCAGAAAUGUGUACUGUGUUUUGGAUCUGCCAAAGUUUAUCACCAUUAAGAAGACAGCCACCUCCUAAGAUGUGCUGGAUUUAAAUUGUUAGUCCACAAUGCAGUACAUGUUGAACAUUUUGUGUCAGUUUUCUAUGGAAUGUCUUCAGCGGGGUUUGAAAAAUCGGGUGCAGUUGCAAAACUGCGCAAUGUGAUUCAUGUGGUAUUUGAUUGUCCAACUCAAACAACAUGGUAAGCCGUCACGUUUCUAAACCUAGUCGAUUGCCAGCUAUUGUCACGCAGCCUCUACGUAGGUGGCGCUGUUUGUCAAAUAGUCUGUUUUCUUAAGUGUGAUGUAAUAUACAUGGCCUUUCAAGCCAUAGAAAAAUACUGUCAAGUGCCCUACCAUAUAGCCACAAGUCCCGUUUACUGCUACUUGAUUGAAACUUGAUUUAAUUACGAAGCCGGCCAGUGGAUCUGUUGUCCAUUGCGUAUGUUCCUGCGGUUGCUGUAUCAGUUUUCUGGAACAGCUGGCACAAAUAUAAUUGGCCACAACUCGACAGCACUCUGCCAGGGCUGGGGACAGCAGUGCCACCCCAAAUGCUACCGGUAUUUCUUGUGCACUUUCAAAAAGGCCUGUACUAUUUAAAUAAAGAUAAUUGACGUUUUUUUUGCUGCUAAUGAUUAAUUUGAUAUCCUUUUUGUAAUAGGGUAAUUAAAAAAAGUUGGCUUUUUUAUUGUAAAUUUCUGUUUUUACAUUAAAUAAGAUGCUGGAGGCAUUUUUUGGUACAGAAUAUAAUUGAGACCACUUGUACAAGAAUAUUUAAUUACCAAAACAAGCAGUGCUUGAACUCAAAAUAUACAUUUGUGUUACUUUUUCUUCUACAGGUUUGCAUGCAAACCAAGGAUGGCUUAUACGUGCUGCAAUUCUUAUAUACAUUUCGUAUAUGUACCAAUUGUGGCACUUUAUUUCAAAAGCUAUUUUAUACUGUCUUAGGAAGUGUUGUGUAAGUUAAGGUUAAGGACAAAAGCUUCUGCAGCUCGCACUGGGAGUAUAAACAACAAGGGAGGCAGCCGUGGGAUGUUGGCGAACCGCAUAAGUGGCGUUUGGUAUCGUGGAGUAUUGGAAUGAAAACUCAAGAAACAUUUGAUGCUGUAGCAAGCCGAUUGAACUCUUCACCAGGCGGUGAAGUGUCGCUUGGCACCACCGAUGGAUAAACCAAUUGCAGGGCAUGCAGAUAGCUUGUGUGCAAACGUCUCGUGUUGUAAUUUUUUUGUGUAUAUGUGAUCAAACGUGACCUGGUUAUUUCUGGUCUUGUACAAUGUGCCCCGCUGACCUUUAACUCAGUGCUCUGUCUGAGGCUGGUUAUUUAAAAAAAAUCUUAUCUGCAGUCAAGGCCGGUGCCUUGCCCAUCAAACAUUUAUUUUUGCUGAGGAACGUUCUAACGGAUAAGAUCAUUACCGCUUUUCGAACUCUCAAAGCCAAAUGGCGUGAUCAUGAAAAGGUUUUCGGUAUUGGUCAACAUCAAAAUGAAAGUGUUGCUUUGCAUUUAUUGAAGGUUAUGCAACAUCGGUAUAAGAGCAAAACGUGAUGUGCAAAUGGGGCUUCAGGUGAAUUAAGCAUUUUUUUAAAAAAUAAUGAGGGACCAAGUUAUUGAGUGGCAGAUACCUUUGAACGAGGUCAGUAUGCAUUUGUAUCCAGGUUGUCUGUGAAAUUCAUCCAAUAUAUGAACAAUGACAAUAUUCCUACACAAUGACAAUAUUCAUAUAUUGUCGCAAUAUUCAUAUAUUGUCAUUGUUGCCAGCUAGCACCCAGAACAAUUUUUUGCAUUCUUGCCAUAGCUUCAUCUCUUGAGUGCUGUACACAACCAAGUGUGCCACAUACAUUUACUUGAGUUUUGUAAUUUCCUUCUGUUAAAAUUUGACUUGCACUGAAGCCCUGGAUGUACCGAGUGAUGAUGUUUCAUUUCUGCAGGCAUAUUCUCAUUAUUUUUCUCUUGAUGCAUCCAAUCUGCAUGCAGUGCUCCGAGGACAGCCUCUCGCAUAGCAAAGGUGGAAUCCAUUUAAAUAACUUCAAGCACAAUUAAAACAAACCUUGGAACGUGCUCUCUCCUUAGCACAAGGUACAGAGUGAUGUUUGUGGUACGACCAUGUUGCAAUGCAUUAUGUUAAUUUCUUUUCAUAUACAGUGCUCUGAAAGGAAAACAUUAAACUGUAUGCAGUUAUUUGCAUUCAUUGACUAAGGCUGUCUGCAAUUUAGUGUUCACCUGGGGCUAAACAUUUCCCCAUAACUUGACUGAUAAUUUUUAUCUCUCGUCUGCAUUUUUAAGUUAGAAUAAUGCUAAUUCCUUCCAAAGAUAAAGAAUUGAAAUUUUGAGCUGAGUUUUUUUUAAACGCACUUCAGCCCUUCCGUUCUUUACAUUUUAUGUGUGUAUUGUUUUUGUUAUCCCUACAGGUGGGAUAGGGAAAGGGUGAUAUGGCAGGUAAACAGUGCCUUCUGCUGCAGCCUUGCCUUACAUUCCAACCGUGGCUGCAAGAAACGUUAAUUGCAUUGUAACCUGAUGAAUCACAAGCAGGUGUCAACUGCACAUUUCCUCUCGUGACAGUGCCUCCUUAAAGGUGCCCACGUGUUGUUUAUCUGGUGAUCUGGGCUUUAUUUGUAUACCAUUGUAUUUAUGAUGCUAAAUUGAUCAUUAUGCCUGCAGUGCAGUCAGUAGCUCGGCUAUGUUGUGUUUAGGGUUGGCUCUUCCCAUCUCUAUAGAAGGAGCUUUGUCCUUUCGGCGCAGUCGUGGCUCAAUAGAGGAAUACUCAUUGAGCCACGCUCUACUCAAACCAUGUUUGUGUGCCCGCAAAUGCGUGUGUUUAUAUGAGACUGGAUUUUAAAAAUUGUAAUAUAUUUUAUAGACUUAAAAAUAUAUAUAAUGAAUCAACCCCUUGGUAUUGUAAGUAUUAAAACAGAUUAUAAAUUAUAUUCUUUGGGUCUUUCGGUAAAGCCACGUAGAUAAAAAAAUAAUAUUA